UCAGCGCGCCCCCUCCCACUCCAAAUCACAGCUACCACCUCCGAGUCAGUGAACGGAGGGCAGAACGCGCGCAAAGUUCCGCUGCUCACUCACUCCAACAUCUGCCGUGCGCGGAGCGCGUUCGGAGCUGCGGACUCUGACGAACACCGGCAGUGACAGCAGCGAGCGGAGACACGCGUGAUGGCGCAGCGCUUCAGUGCGGAUCACUUCCGCGUGGGGGACCAUUUCUCCUCAACUGAAGUUUCCCCAAGCUGGAAGUUUUGAUGCCGUUUUGGAAUCAUUGACAUGCAAACAUUGACAUGUAUUUUUUUCUUUGAAACCUCCGGUUAAUUUAUGAAGACUAAAAUGGAGAGAAUUCUUUUUUCAUUUUUCCUAAUAUUUAUUUAUGUGGCGAAUGUAUUCAGUUAUAAAAUUGCCAAUAAUCUCCAACCCUACAUGCCCAACGUGUGCACAGACAGAGAGGUUACACUGGUCGCCCAGAGGCAGCCGAGCGUGCAAGCCUUCACACGCAUGGUUAAAGUGUGGAAGCAGGGCUGUGUGGGGCAACCGUGGUGCGUGGGACACGAGAGGAGGACGGCGUACUACACAGCAUACAGACAAGUCUACAGACAGGAUUAUCAGACUGUGCACAAGUGCUGCCCAGGAUGGUCUCAACAGAACGGGGAAGCAGGUUGUCUCUAUCCAGUGUGUAGCUAUGGAGUGUGCUUCAAUGGGGGCAAAUGUCGGGAAGGAUCCACCCAACUUUGUGAUUGCCCUGCAGGAUUCAGAGGACCCAGCUGCCAGUAUGAUGUGAACGAAUGUGAAGAAACCAACGGAGGCUGUGAGGCUCUCUGCUGCAACACCAUUGGAAGUUUCUACUGCAGGUGUCCUGUUGGGCAGAAGUUGAAUGAAGACGCUAAAACAUGUCAAGAUAUUAAUGAAUGCCAGGUCCACAAUGGAGGCUGCCAACACAAAUGUGUUAACACAAGGGGCUCCUAUCACUGUGAAUGCAACCCGGGCUCUCGUCUUCACGUGGACGGACGCACCUGCCUUCCCGUACGCUCCUGUGCCAUCCGUAACGGAGGAUGUGAACACUUGUGCGUCCAGCAGUCUGCUGCUUAUUUUCGCUGUCGCUGCAAGCCAGACUACGUGUUGGCAGAGGACGGGAAGCAUUGCAUAAUGCAGAAUCCCUGUGCAAACCAGAAUGGCGGCUGCAUGCACGAAUGCCGGGUGGAUGGUGGGAAGGCUCACUGUGACUGUAAGGUUGGAUACAUGCUAGCUGAGGACGGACGAACCUGCGAAGAUAUUGAUGAGUGUGAGACAGAAGAAUCCGACUGUGCACACGGCUGCCUCAACUCUCCGGGCUCCUACACGUGUGUUUGCAACGCCGGCUACGAGCUGGGGUCCAACGGGAAGCAGUGCUACAGAAUUGAGAUGGAAAUCGUGAACAGCUGUGAGAACAACAACGGUGGAUGCUCGCACCACUGCCAGCAUUCAACCAGCGGCCCCGUUUGUACCUGUAACCAUGGUUACAGACUAGGUGAUGAUCUGAAAACCUGUCUUGAUGUUGAUGAGUGUGGAGAGCAGGUCUCCUGUUGUGAGCAGGAAUGCACCAACUAUCCCGGUGGCUAUGAAUGCUACUGCUCUGCAGGAUACAGGCUCAGUUCAGACGGAUGUAGCUGUGACGAUGUAGACGAGUGUCUCGCUGCAAACGGAGGUUGUGAUCACACCUGCCAGAACACCGCGGGAUCCUUCCAGUGCUUUUGCCUCCAGGGUUACCGGCUGGAUGAGGACCGGCUGUCCUGCAUGCCGCUGGAGGACGCCAUCGAGGCCCUCUCCAGCGGGAGAGCCGUCGAGCUGCCCCUUAUUCGCCCUCAGCUCGUCUUGCUGCAGGAGUACGGCGAAGCUCUGGAGCGCUACGAUGACUAUGAGGACGACGAGGGCGAGCUGAGGGCUGAGAGCAACCUGGCCGAGAAAUUCUUGUGUCUGGACGACACCUUUGGCAGCGACUGCAGCCUGACGUGUGACGACUGCACCAACGGAGGACAAUGUAACGCCUGGAAAAGUGGCUGUGACUGUCCUGAUGGAUGGACAGGCAUCGUCUGCAACCAAACCUGUCCUGAAGGCUAUUUCGGCAAAAACUGCUCGUUUCCGUGUAAGUGUAAAAACGGUGCCAGCUGCGACCCCGUCAGUGGAGGCUGCCGCUGCCCCCCUGGUGUGAGCGGGGACUUGUGCCAGGAAGGUUGUCCUAAAGGCCUUUAUGGGAAGAUGUGCAACAAGAAGUGUAACUGUGCCUACAACGGCCGCUGCCACCGCACCUACGGAGCGUGUCUGUGCGAUCCUGGACUUUAUGGACGCUUCUGUCACCUCCCGUGUCCGAAGUGGACUUUUGGACCUGGCUGCUCUGAAGAAUGUAAAUGUGAUCAGAGGAACACCCAGGAAUGCCACCGGCGCCACGGCACCUGCAUCUGUAAACCUGGUUACCAGGGCAACACCUGCAAGGAAGCAUGUCAACCAGGCAGCUUUGGAGUUGGCUGUGAAAGGAAGUGUGCGUGUCCAUCAGGAGCGUCCUGUGAUCAUGUGACAGGACGUUGUGAGAAAAAAUGCCAUCCUGGUCGCCACAGCGAGAACUGCGAUCGAGACUGUCCAGACGGGCGGUUCGGAGCGGGCUGCACGCAGCUCUGUAACUGCAGCGGCGCCUCCUGUGAUAAAGCGACGGGGCAGUGCCUCUGCGCCGCAGGGAGAGUGGGACAGCACUGUGAGAACUCCUGCACUGACGGGUUCUGGGGUCCCGGAUGCAGAGAAGCCUGUCCUGCUUGUGAGAAUGGUGGAGUGUGUGAUAAAGUCAACGGGUCGUGUGACUGCCCACCGGGAUUCAUGGGAAGACUCUGUCAGAGCUCGUGCCCGGCUGGCCGUUUUGGUCAAAGAUGUCAAAUGGAAUGCGUGUGCGAGAACAAUUCCCACUGCGACCCGGUGAGUGGGCGGUGCAGCUGCGCCCCAGGCUGGACCGGACCCCACUGCAGUAAAGUCUGUGACGCUGGACACUGGGGGGCUGACUGCGCAGAAACCUGCGACUGCAGCAAUGCAGACCUGAGCUGCGACGCCGUGACGGGACAGUGCAGCUGUGAAGCUGGUUUUACUGGAACCCACUGCAAGCAGAAAUGUCCUGCAGGAUUGUUCGGUUCUGCGUGUCGUCACAAGUGUCAGUGUGAAAACGACGCCUUGUGUGACCAUGUGAGUGGAGCGUGUACAUGCCAGGCAGGAUGGACCGGCGCCUUCUGUGAAAAGCCCUGUCCUCAGGGGUUCUACGGUCUGGACUGCCAGCAGAGGUGUUUGUGUCUGAACGGCGGGGGCUGUGAUCACGUCAGCGGCCUGUGCUCUUGUCCUGCCGGCUGGAUCGGCCAGUUCUGCAACCUGACCUGCCCAGCUGGAUUCUAUGGCGUGGCGUGUAACCAAACCUGCCCCUGCAGAAACGGCGGCAUCUGCCACCCGGCCAGUGGGCGGUGUCGGUGCUCACCUGGCUGGACCGGGCCCAGCUGUCAGGAAGAAUGCUCUGCUGGGUUUUAUGGCGCCGACUGUCGGCAGCGCUGUUUGUGCCAGAAUGGAGCGGCCUGUAACCAGACGGACGGAGCCUGUCGAUGCGCCAGUGGAUGGACGGGUGCAGCCUGUGAGCUGGAAUGUGCAUCAGGACGAUUCGGGGCGGGCUGCCAGCGGCGGUGUGAAUGCGAGAACGGCGGUCAGUGCGACAGACGGACGGGCCGCUGCAGCUGCAGCGCCGGCUGGCUGGGAGAGCGUUGUGAGAAAGCGUGUGAAGCCGGCCGGUUUGGCGUCGGCUGCGUGGAGCGAUGUCACUGUGUGAAUGCAGCUUCCUGUCAUCAUGUCACCGGGGAGUGUCUCUGUCUGCCAGGGUGGAGGGGGAAACGAUGCGACAAAGCGUGUUUGCCGGGUUCGUACGGCAAAAGCUGCUCGCGGUCCUGCAGCUGCGCUCAGGGAGCCUCCUGCCAUCACGUCUCUGGACAGUGCGGCUGUCCUGCUGGAUUCACGGGCAGCGGAUGUGAAAAGACUUGUCUUCCAGGAACUUUUGGGCCAAACUGUAAUCAGGUGUGCCAGUGCUCAGAGCGGAACCAGCUCUGCCACCCGGUGUCUGGAUCGUGUUACUGCGCUCCAGGCUUUCAUGGCCUCAAGUGUGAGCAAGUUUGCGCCGAGGGCCGCUACGGCUCCGACUGCCAGCAAGAGUGUCGGUGUGAAAACGGGGGCGAGUGCGACCCUUUCACCGGAGGCUGUGAAUGUCCCGCUGGGUUCAUAGGCCCGCACUGCAACACCACGUGUCCUGCCGGCCGCUAUGGGCUCCACUGCGCCCAGGUGGCGCUGUGUGGGGUCGGAGCCCAGAGUGACCCGGUCACCGGUCGGUGUGUGUGCCCCCCUGGAUGGAGAGGGGAGGACUGCAGACAGGGCUGCCCUCCAGGCUGGUUCGGGGCGGACUGUGCCAGACUCUGUAACUGCAGUAACGGAGGAGCGUGUGACUCUGCCACCGGCAACUGCAGCUGCGCUCUGGGAUGGACCGGUGAACACUGCGACACAGAGUGUGCUGCGGGUCGAUUUGGGGCCAACUGCGCACUGAGGUGCAACUGUCAGAAUAACGGCUCGUGUGACAGAGUGACGGGGGCGUGUCGGUGCGGGCCAGGCUACUACGGAAGCUUGUGUGAACAUGCCUGCCCUCCUGGUUUCCACGGCCGGCUGUGUCAGCUGCAGUGCGACUGCAUGAACGGCGCUUCCUGUCACCCCGCGUCGGGCCGCUGCGUCUGUCCUCCGGGAUAUCACGGCGUCCACUGUCACCAAGUGUGUGAGCGGGGCAGCUACGGUCAAGACUGCGCCAAAGCAUGCGACUGCGAGGGUGCUGCUCCCUGUGACCCCGUGACCGGGAGAUGCAUCUGCCCUUCAGGGAGGACCGGACACAGAUGUGACAUCGACUGCAGAGCUGAUCUCUUCGGGCCCGACUGCUCGGAGACCUGCACGUGUCAGAACCAGGCGCAGUGCGAUCCUCGCAGCGGCCGCUGUCGCUGCCCGCACAGCUGGAUCGGACCCUCCUGUCAAGAAGGGGGACCGCCGCAUCACUCCCACGGGAGCCGCCGAGGGGGCUCGCCGCAUGACAACUCAUUAUAGCAGGAGAACAGAAACGGGGACGUUUCAGUGAAGGCUUCGGACAGCGAAGAGGAAGAAUGAUGGAAGCAGACUCUGGGAACUGCAUCAGAACCGGGCUGUUCUGGGAAUAAGUGCAGCGAGAGCUUUUUUGUUUUGCACUCACUUUGUUCAUUUUGUCUUCAACGUACUGUAUUUGAAGCAGACAGCCUCACUGGUUGAUAAGGAUGUUUUUUUCCAGGCUGAUGAUGCUUUACUGUACAGAUGUUUUUUUUUUACCAUACAUUUCUUGCCAGGAGCAGCUGCUUGUUGAUUUAUUGAGUGCUUCAUAUUUAUAUUUUCUGCUGGUUCCGAGGCAAACACUCACAAACAAAUAAAGAGACUGCUCCCA